GAAAUUGAAAGGCGCCAUUUGCUCGUUGGACGGCGCGGGGUAGCUUCAUCAUAAGCCGUUGAAUAACGAUAAAACGGGGGCGAAAACGCAGGAUUCCGCACCGCAAAACGACCCCGAUCCUUCCGAAUGGAGGCGGCCAUCAACCCGUCUCUUGACAGCUCUGUGGGAGUAGGGUUGUCUGUCAUGAGCGGGAUGGAGCAGAGUUCAGGCAAGCGUAUUCGGAAACCCUCGCUGCUCUACGAGGGCUUUGAGAGCCCGUCUCUGCCCCACGUGCCUCCACCCGGACCCCCUCCGCCCCAGCAGUCCCCGGUGACAGACCCCAGCCGACAGGGACGCACCAAUCAGCUGCAGUUCCUCCACAAGGUCUUGGUGAAAGCAUUGUGGCGGCAUCAUUUUGCUUGGCCUUUCCAUGAACCUGUGGACGCCAUCCGACUCAACUUACCUGACUACCAUAAGAUCAUCAAACAGCCGAUGGACAUGGGCUCAAUCAAGAAACGCCUGGAGAAUAACUACUACCGUAGUGCCAGCGAAUGCUUGCAGGACUUCAAUACCAUGUUCACCAACUGUUACAUCUACAAUAAGCCUACAGAUGACAUUGUGCUGAUGGCACAGUCUCUGGAGAAGGUCUUCUUACAGAAGGUUGCCCAGAUGCCCCAGGAAGAGAUAGAGUUGCCCCCUCCUACCCCUAAAGGCAGAGGAGCAAAAACCAUCAAAGGACGUAGAGGCAGAGGAGGAGGAAGUGUUACGUCGGCUCACCAGGUGCCUGCCGUGUCACAGUCAGCAUACUCUCCUUCCUCUCCCGACACGCCAGAUUCCCGGUUUUCCACCCCACCACAGACCCUGCUGAGCAACAGCGGCCCUCCUCCACCACUGAUGACCGCACCACCCACCCAACCCACCGCUAAGAAGAAGGGUGUGAAGCGUAAAGCUGACACCACCACUCCCACUACACUCGGCUUCCCCGUGACCGCAGCUGCUCGGAUGGGAGGCAUGGGAAAAGGUCACGGAUCGGCCGGAGAGAUGCCCCACUCUCUGUCCUCCAUGCCCGUGGAUUGUUCGGCCAGCAUGGGCUUGAACGAGCCCACCCACCUCCAGCCCGUCCUAGGGCGACCGCUGUCCCGUCGUCCAAUUAAACCUCCACGUAAGGACCUGCCCGACUCAGUGCGGCCCCAUCAGCCCUCACGGCGGGGGAAACUAAGCAAGCAGCUUCGCUACUGCAGUGGCGUCCUUAAAGAACUGCUGUGCAAAAAACACGCAGCGUACGCCUGGCCUUUCUACAAACCCGUGGACGCGUCGACGCUGGGCUUGCACGACUACCAUGACAUCAUCAAACAUCCCAUGGAUCUCAGCACCAUCAAGAGGAAGAUGGAUGAGCGCGAGUACAGAGACGCCCAGCAGUUCAGCGCUGAUGUCAGACUCAUGUUCUCCAACUGCUACAAGUACAACCCACCUGAUCAUGAUGUGGUCGCCAUGGCACGAAAACUGCAGGACGUGUUUGAGUUCCGCUUCGCAAAAAUGCCUGACGAGGUUUCGGAGGAGGAGGAAUUGUCUCCCAUGCCAUUAGGACGGAACAUGGGCAUGCUGGGAAUGCACCACUCCUCCUCUUCAUCGUCCUCUUCUUCCUCAUCAUCUUCCUCUUCCUCCUCGUCAGAGAGCGAGCCGAGCAGUGACAGUGAGCCGAGCAGUGACAGCAGCCCGAGCUCUGACAGCGAGGAGGAGAGAGCUCAACGCCUGGCCCAGCUGCAGGACCAGGUGUGUACUCAGCUCAGAGCGGUACAUGAGCAGCUGGCAGCCCUCUCCUCUGGCCCGAUUGUCAAACCUAAAAGGAAACGAGAGAAAAAGAAGGACAAGAAGAAGAAAAAGAAGCCAGAGAAACACAGAGGAAGUCGAAGUUUGAUGAGUGAUGAGCGGGACAAACCUUCCAAACUGCCUAAAAGCAAAUCCAGCCAUGCUUCCCUUUCAUCCACACAGAGCAAGAAAGGCCCUGCGAAGAAAAACAGCAAAAACAACAGGAACACGAAGAAGUCAUCCUCCUCUCGUUUCACUGCGUCUGCUGCCGUCUGCUUGCCGCACUACGACUCUGAGGAGGAGGAGGAUGGUCUUCCCAUGAGUUAUGACGACAAGCGGCAGCUCAGCCUGGACAUCAACAAGCUGCCCGGGGAGAAACUGGGCCGCGUGGUGCACAUCAUCCAGUCGCGGGAGCCCUCGCUGCGUGACACCAACCCAGAGGAGAUCGAAAUCGAUUUUGAAACGCUGAAACCAUCCACACUCCGUGAGCUGGAGCGAUAUGUGAUGACCUGCCUGCGCAAGAAGCCCCGCAAACCAUAUGUGGUGAAGAAGGGAGGAGGUGGGAAGAGCCGAGAGGAACUGGCUCUGGAAAAGAAGAGAGAGCUGGAGAGGAGGUUACAGGAUGUGAGCGGACAGCUGAACUCUGCUAAGAAACCCCAGAAACCCAAAGUGGAGAAGCCGAGCGACGCCGAGCCUCACGCCGUAGCGUCUCGUCUCAGCGCCAGCAGCUCCAGCUCAGACUCCACCUCAUCGUCCUCCUCCUCCUCUUCCUCGUCUGACACCAGUGACUCGGACUCCAGGUGAAGAGGACUCUGGGAAGGCACAGGAAGUGGGCUCUCCGCAGCACACAGAAUUCUGGGAUGCAUUCAGAGCUCUGGCCUGCCGUACAGACACGUUGUUUCCUGUGCCUCCUGAAUCCAGGACCUAUGUUUACUUCAGUGUGAAAAAAUGUACAUACUGUGUAGGAUUUUUUUUUCUUUUAUAAAGAAGACUUUUACCAGAAUGCCCAUAAUGGGAAAGAGUGCGCAAUCAUAACUACUUUUCUCAGUUGAUGAAAUAGCUUGUUGUUUUGUUUUGCUUCCAUUUUGACCAUUUCUAAACAUUUCUUGCUACUUUUUGCAUUGCUUUAAAGAUCAGGGCCAGUAUUUAGAUCUCUUUGAUCAACCAAAACCUGCCUGAAAAUUUAUAAAGGACCUUUAAUGGGGAAAGAAAUGACAGAAUUAAGAACAACUUUGCAUUUGCAUUGGCUUUAAAACUUUUAGGUUUCUGUGCUGCGAUGCACUGGAUUUGUUUUGAGUAGUUCAGUAACUUUCCAUACGACUUUGCAAUCUGUCAAAUGAAACAGAUUUGAUUUUGAUAUUGCUUUGAACUGUAAGAAAUGGAUUUACUUUGAUUUUUUACAUGAUUGAAUCAAUGUCUAAUGACACUUUUUGUCAUAAAUCUGUCUGAAGAGGCAUCUGUAAAAUUGUAGUGAAUAUAUUCAUUGAAAAGGACAGCCAUAACGCCUGACUGAUGGACUGGGUUUGUUCAUGAGCACUAGAGGAAAGCUGCUAGAUUCAGUGGUUUGGAUUAGCUGUUUAAGUUGAAUGUUAACUUGAGAGAUCUGGUUUGUAGAGGAGACUAGAGGCAUCACAAUUAAGCAAUAGACCGUCAUUUAUUUCUUGUAAAUAUGGAGUCCUUAAUACCAUGUUUUUGCUUCUGCUGCUUUCUUGUUUGUAUUUAUUUGCAUCGCUCUAACCUCUCUUUUCUAGAAUAUUCUUUCUGAAUAUAUAAGACACAUGGCAGAUCAUUGUGACCCAAUAUUCCUUAUCUGCAGUAUGAUUAAGAGUUUAUGCGCUCCGGGUUAUACAUUGGUUUUUAUUUGGAUGGAAAUACAAAUACAACAAGUGAACGGUG